AUGCGCACGGUGUCUCCAGUUCACAUUUGCCGGGCUAAAACGGGCAUCCAGCCAGGACGGAUGGUGCCGGCUCAGCUCUCCUGGUCUCCAGUACACAUCGUUGAACCAGGAUAUCCUGCGCCGGCUCUGCGUACUGUGUCUCUGGUGUGUCUGCACAGCCCAGUGCAUCCUGUGCUAGCGCCCCACACAUGCCGGGCUCAAGUGAGCAUCCAGCCAGGACUCCUUGUGCCAGCUCUACGCUCCAGAUCUCCAGGGCGCUUCCACAGUCCAGUAUGUCCUGUUCCUGCUCCUCGCACUCGCCCCGAGGUGCAUGUCAUCAGCACGGUGCCUUCUAUACCGGUCCCACGUAUCAGGUCUACAGUGCGCCUCCACAGUCCAGUAUGUCCUGUUCCUGCUCCUCGCACUCGCCCCGAGGUGCAUGUCAUCAGCACGGUGCCACCUAUACCGGUCCCACGUAUCAGGUCUACAGUGCGCCUCCAUAGUCCAGUAUGUCCUGUUCCUGCUCCUCGCACUUGCCCGGAGGUGCGUGUCAUCAGCCCGGUACCACCAGUGCCGGCACCACGCAUCAGAACUCAAGUGCGUCUCCAGAGUCCAGUAUGUCCUGUGCCUCCUCUCUGCACUCGCCUUGAGGUGCGUGUCAUCAGCCCGGGACCACCAGUGCCGGCACCACGCACCAGGCCUCCAGUGCGCCUCCACAGUCCAGUAUGUCCUGUGCCUCCUCUCUGCACUUGCCCGGAGGUGCGUGUCAUCAGCCCGGUACCACCAGUGCCGGCACCACGCACCAGGCCUCCAGUGCGCCUCCACAGUCCACCCGGUACCACCAGUGCCGGCACCACGCAUCAGGUCUCCAGUGCGCCUCCACAGUCCAGAGCUUCCAGCGAUAGUUCCCAGUCCAGAGCUUCCAACGUUACCACCAGUUCCCAGUCCGGAACCUCCAACGACGGGCCACAGUCCAGAACCUCCUACGACGGGCCACAGUCCAGAACCUCCUACGACGGGCCACAGUCCAGAACCUCCUACGACGAUGCACAGUCCAGAACCUCCAACGACGGGCCACAGUCCAGAACCUCCUACUACGAUGCACAGUCUGGAACCUCCUACGACGGUCCCCAGUCCGGGGUCUUCAGCGACGGUCCCCAGUCCGGGGUCUUCAUCGACGGUCCCCAGUCCGGGGCCUCCGGCGAUGAUCCACGGUCCAGUUCAACAGAAGCGUAG